AGGGUAAGGUUCUUGGCUUUCUCUUCAUGCAUUAAAAAAUACAACUUAAAAAUCUCUCUGAAUUGAAAACGACAAUGUGAGUUUCUGCUGCCUCCACUGAAAAUGUAAUCCUGAAAUCUGCUAAUAUCUUACUUUUUAAAGGAUACAUUGUUAUGAAGAAUGGAGACUACAGUGAGAGGCUUCUGAAGGACUUGUAAUUGUAUUUGCCUAAGCCAGAGAACAAUUUGUAUGUCAAACAAAACCAAGCAGAAACCUAUUUCUUAAUUGUGGAUCAACAUUCAUGAGAAUGAAUAGCCUGGAAAGUUUGAAUUUGAUUGGUUGUUAUCCUUCUUCUGGUUAUGGAAGGAGGUGAAGCAUGUCUACCUAUGCCUCCAUCUUGGCUGGAAAUCACAGUAACCUAAUGUUUGAGAAGAGAGCAAGAAUACCCAUUAACUGAAAGGUGAAGUUCUCAGCCAUCAUUUCUUUAAAUAAGCCUUCUGCAAAAGAGUAGAAAAACAAUUCUCCUUCUUCCCCUUCUAAAUUGUCGCUCUGAUAGUGCUUUCCUUAAUAAAGGAACAUAAAUCCUCAAGAUGAGAAGUAACAGCACAAACAAUACAAGAGCAAAGUGCACUGAUCUCCAAAUGCCAUUUCAGUACACCCUCUAUGCAACCACCUACAUUACCAUUUUCAUCCCUGGACUUCUGACCAACACCGCAGCCUUGUGGGUUCUGUGGCGCUUCAUCAGCAAGAAAAAUAAAGCCAUCAUUUUCAUGAUCAACCUCUCUGUGGCUGACCUUGCUCAUGUGCUGUCUUUACCCCUCCGGAUUUACUACUACAUCAACCACCAUUGGCCUUUCCAGACACCCCUUUGCCUGCUGUGCUUCUACUUGAAGUAUCUCAACAUGUAUGCCAGCAUUUGCUUCCUGACCUGCAUCAGCCUUCAGAGGUGCUUCUUUCUUCUCAAGCCCUUCAGGGCCAGAGACUGGAAGCGUAGGUACGAUGUGGGCAUCAGUGCUGCCAUCUGGGUCACCGUGGGCACUGCCUGUUUGCCACUUCCAAUUCUGAGAAGUACUGGCUUAACCAACAACACUGAGUUCUGCUUUGCUGAUUUAAGGCUUCAACCCAUUAGUAUGGCUUCCUCCAUUGCCAUGGUAACUAUAGCUGAACUUGGAGGGUUUGUGUUACCUGUUAUGAUUAUUACUUAUUGUACAUGGAAAAUGAGAAAAUCUUUACAGGAAAUCCAAGCUCCCCCUCAGAAUACCAAAGAGAGAAAAAAGGCUUUGUGGAUGGUUCUGAUGUGUGCAGUGGUAUUCAUUGUGUGUUUUACACCUUAUCACCUCAACUUCCCACUUUUUAUGAUGGUGAAGCAAGAUGUGUUUUCAAACUGCUCCCUUAUCAAGAGUACUCUAUGUUUCCACAUCAUUUCCCUGUGUCUUGCAAAUCUGAACUGCUGUCUUGAUCCAGUUGUAUAUUAUUUUAUGACCUCAGAAUUUCGUGAUAGAUUUUCAGAACAUGGUAGUGUGGUUUUUCAGUCAUGUGUGAGAUGCAAGGACAGUGUUUUAGAAAUUCAUCACAGAAAUGAGGAUCUUCAAGCUAUCUCGCUUGAAUUUUUGGAUGAUUCCAAGACAACAUAAUCAAAUAAUUAGUGGGAAUGAUCUAUAUGCCCUAUCAAUAUAGCUAUGUCACCUUCAACAUGAUUCUUAAAAAAUGGUGUUGUUGACUGCUUUAGCAAAACAUGCCCCCCUUUCUUUCAUUUUCAAAAUUAGUCUUUUGAAAGAGCUAUCCAUGCCUAUAUUUUAUGUCCCAAUGUAAACAUAAGAAAAUACAGAAAACUGAGGAGCAACGGAAUGAAUCACACACCUCUUCCUCAGCAAUGGGCCCAGUCUUUUCACCUUCUUUUACAAAAAUUGAAAACCAGUAGAUAUAGGUAAAUUUUUGAAAUGUUUAAAAUGUGCAUGAGAGUAAUAUGAUUCUAGCUUUAUUUAGAAAAUAACACACUACUUGAACAAUGUAGGCAAAAGAGGAAAGGUUUAUUAAAUUAAUAGGAAUUAUGAGAACUCUUAUUCUUGUAAUUUAAAAUGUCUAUGAUACUUUUACUUUCUCCCCUUGGAGAAACAAACAAUUCAGAUUCAUCCCAAAUAUCUCAAAAAUGUCAACAGAUUGACACACAACACAUACAGCUUAAACACACAAAAAAAACUGUGUUCUAACUUAUUCCACAAAGUUUAGUUUCAGGGUUUGCAAUGAAAGCUCUUUGCUAGGGUGUGUCUGAGUAUGUGUGUUGUGUUGCAUGAUUUCAUGUAUUGGUACUCAUUCAGCAAAUAUUUUUUUUAUUCAUUAAAAUCAAUUGUGACAUGGUCUUCCUAGAUUAAUUCACCUGCAUACAACCUCAGUCAAAAUUUUGCUUGAUAGAUUUAAACAAUGAGGGCUUACACACCUGCGUAUAGUUUUCCAGAUGGACCUCAUUUCUUACAGGUAAAGAUAUAUAUAAGGAGAAUGUUGGUGAAUUGAAUCUCACUAUAAAUGAAAAAUAAAAAAUUAUGUUAAAAUUA